AGGCAGCGGGCGCCUAGCAAGUUGCGAGCGCGCCUCUCCGCCUGGGGAAAGUUUCCCCCGCGGGCGUCGGCGGGAGUUGGCGCGGGGUCCGGCUGCUGCUGCUGGAAGAAUUUAUCCUGAAGCCAUCGAAAGGACACCUCAAGAGAAUCCUGAGUCUCCUGGAAGGAACAGACACCAGUUGAAACAGGUGGGCAUCUCCUAGAUGGCCCAAGCUGGCAGUGGCCAGGCCAUCUGACACCGUCAUCACAGUGACUUGAAACCUUUGACUAGGGCACCUAGAAACAGGUUUGAUCCUUUUCCAGACCUCUCAACACCGGCCACCCAGGACAAGCUGGGCCAAUAAAAGAACAUACGAGAGCCCCCUCUGACCGGGAGAUUCUGUCCUGCUGACGCCCAAAGCGCCGCCCAGGUAGAACACCAUGGAAGGCGACUGUCUGAGCUGCAUGAAGUAUUUGAUGUUUGUCUUCAAUUUCUUCAUAUUUCUGGGCGGGGCCUGCCUGCUGGGCAUCGGCAUCUGGGUCAUGGUGGACCCCACCGGCUUCCGGGAGAUCGUGGCCGCCAACCCCCUGCUUAUCACGGGCGCCUACAUCCUCCUGGCCAUGGGCGGCCUGCUUUUCCUGCUGGGCUUCCUGGGCUGCUGCGGGGCCGUCCGGGAGAACAAGUGUCUGCUGCUGUUCUUCUUCCUGUUCAUCCUCAUCAUCUUCUUGGCGGAGCUCUCAGCGGCCAUCCUGGCCUUCAUCUUCAGGGAAAAUCUCACGCGCGAGUUCUUCACCAAGGAGCUCACCAAGCACUACCAGGGCAACAAUGACACAGAUGUCUUCUCCGCCACCUGGAACUCGGUCAUGAUCACGUUUGGCUGCUGUGGCGUCAACGGGCCCGAAGACUUCCGGUUUGCAUCAGUUUUCCGACUGCUGACUCUGGACAGCGACGAGGUGCCUGAGGCCUGCUGUCGGAGAGAACCGCAGACUCGGGAUGGGGUCCUGCUGAGCAGGGAGGAGUGUCUGCUGGGAAGGGACCUGUUCCUGAACAAGCAGGGCUGUUACACAGUGAUCCUCAACGCUUUUGAAACCUAUGUCUACCUGGCUGGAGCCCUCGCCAUAGGGGUGCUGGCCAUCGAGGUAAGUAAAAGCCCCCCGUUUCUCUGGCUCCCCAAAAGCAAGGCACACACAGGGUCUCAGGGAGAUCCCCCAUGGCCUGCACUGCCCAGCCAACCUCAGUCUCCACAUCCUAAAUCCAGGACCCAAUGGGUCCCCCGCUGCAGGGACUGUGGUGUGGGAAGCCCAGGGGAGUCUGUCUGUUGCCUGAGUCACUGUUGGACUCUGGGCUCAUCUGAGCAAGCCUCCAGCAGUGAGUUGGCAGGCUCUGAGAGUCAUCCCACAGUCUUCCUCCCACUGCCCCCCCGCACCCCCCACCCCAUCCGUGUUCCUCUCUGGCUAAGCCUCCCCCAAGGUCCAGAGUGAACCCUUGACCGAGAAUCAACACCACUGCCUUGUGGGAGGGGAUGCGGCUUGUGCGUCCAGAUCAGGCCCCUUUCUCUGUGGGAGGCUCAGGGCCUCUGGGG